AUGCAUCAGCCAUUGUGGCUACGGUUUUUGUUGUUGUGGGCCGUUUGUGUCGCUGCAGGGCGUGCCCCCGCCAACGCGGCUGCUGCGGUGCAGACGGAGGAAUUGCAUGUUUCCCACUUGUACUGCCAGCCGCUUUCAGAGGGGGCGCCGGCCACCCCGAUGAUGGGCCGAUUUACGUCGGUCGACGUGUUGUCCAGCCGACUUGAGGGCAAACGCGUGCGCGUGGUGAGGGCCCCGUGGCCGUCCGUUGUGGGGCGCGAGUUCUGGCUGGACACAAGCUGGGACGAGCACUGGUUUCUGUUCCACGACGACGACGCCUUGCAGGUGGCGGGGCGACCAAGCGAGCGGGACGUGCUGGAGCACAGUGACAGGGGAUUGGUGGAGGGGCGCCGCGUGGCGACAGUGUGGGUACUAGAGUAG